GUGCGAUUGAUUGGCGCAGGUCGAGAUGGCGCCCUUUCCAAUAGGCACCGCCUGAGUGAAAAAAAAGAUCUCUCCGAAAAAACCGUCUGAUAACCAUCUCUGGCUCACAGCUCUCCAUCUUAUCACCCGAGCUCUGGUCUGAUGAGAAGCGAACGUACGGCACCCCAGGAACUGAUGUUGCUCGCUAUUUUUUCCUUCGGGGACUAUGAUGCAAGCAGGGCGAUCUUCACACAUAGUAUAUGAAGGGGAGAAAGGAGGCCGAAACCAACCGUCACACGAGAUUUGUUUCAGGAUUCCAAUGGACAUUUCUGGCGCACGCUCCCAUUCUUGGAACAAGGCGCCUUUAUUAAGCGCAGGCCGUUGCCCUCCGGAGAAGACCUACCUUCGAUGCUGUGGUGUGAUUCUCAGCCAAUCUUCAGCAUCGAUUUGCGACCUCUGUUCGCAUUUUAUUUGCAUCGGAAAGCAUGCACACGGCGCUUUCCUUCGUCUCUCGAUCUCAGCAAGAUCGUCGAGUCUUCUUAAAUCCUCGCGCGGCGUCGACCUUUUAGAUGGGAUGACCGAUACCUCGACAGCAUGUGCGGAUCGUCGAGGCUGGUCCUCUUGCACGCAGGAGUCACCGUCACGCACUCGACGUCUCUUCCCGCCCAUGCCUGGCCCCUUCUCUUCCCCUGGUGCAGGUUCCAUCCUCGACGCCUCUCCGAAUGGUACACCUGCAAGCGUGCCCCUUUCACUCAACGGCGCAAAACAUAAAUUUUUCAUGUGCGGUACAACUCCUCUUGACGACCUCACUUGGAAGAAUCCGUACUAUAAUCCUCGCAACAACAGUAUGCGGCCCAUAGAGAAGGACGAACGUCUGUACUCAUCUGAAUUCUCAGUCGAUGGCAAUACCUGAUGUUGUACCAUCGUCUAUAUCCCUCGAGCAUGUUAAGAAGACCCGUCAUGGAUGUCGGUGAAUCCUGCGAUAAUGCGUGUGCCGAGUUCGGAGGAAGCUGCUUUUUUCCAAGGAACCUGC